UCUGCAGAAAACGCAACAAUACGUAAUUAACACGGAAGCGGAUGUGCUUCAAUCCUGCACUCCAACGAGCCGACAGCGUGCAGCAGAUCACAUCUAUCGGCAUUUGCAGCAAACACUAUAAACAGUUGUGAUCUUGCGUGUGUGAGGCACGUUUGACUGUGUUGUGAUGGAGCUGCUGACAGAUGCGCUGUACUGGAUCGGUGCUGUCACUGUGGCCUGGGUCUCGGUGAGCACUCUGUGCUGUCUGCUCAGCGGGAUUCGCGUGUGGAUUGUGGGCAAUGGAAAUUUGAUGCGGGCAACCAAACUCGGGAAAUGGGCAGUUGUGACUGGUGCCACCGAUGGAAUCGGAAAAGCCUAUGCGGAGGAGCUUGCUCGACGAGGUUUUGCUAUCGUUCUCAUCAGCCGUACUCAAGAGAAGCUGGAUGAAGUGUCCAAAGCUAUCGAGAGCAAGUAUAAUGUAGAGACCAAAACCAUUUCUGUUGACUUUGGAUCUGUGGACAUCUACCCCAAGAUUGAGUCUGGACUGGCCGAACUGGAAAUAGGAGUUUUAGUUAACAAUGUUGGAGUGUCUUAUUCCUACCCAGAGUUCUUCCUCAACAUUCCUGAUGUUGACAGUUUCAUCAACAGUAUGAUCAACAUUAACAUUACAUCAGUUUGUCAGAUGACACGACUGGUACUGCCCAGGAUGGUAGAGAGGUCUAAAGGAGUGAUCUUGAAUGUUGCUUCAGCGAGUGGCAUGUACCCAGUUCCUCUUCUCACCCUCUAUUCCUCCUCAAAGGCCUUUGUGGACUUCUUCUCCCGUGGACUUGAAGCUGAAUACAAAAGCAAAGGGAUUAUUAUACAGAGUGUGCUGCCGUUUUAUGUGACGACAAAACUGAGCAAGAUCAGGAGGGCCACUCUUGACAUUCCAACUCCGGAACGCUAUGUUAAAGCCCAGCUGAGCACUGUAGGCCUGCAGACUCAGUCAAAUGGUUACUUUCUUCAUGCCGUCAUGGGUUGGGUGACUACUGCUCUGCUUCCUGCGAAACUGCUCAACAAAUAUGUAAUGAGCAUGGGGUUGACCCAGCGUGCACGCUAUCUGAAGAAACAGAAGCAAGGUUAGAAUCAGAAAAAGGACAGACAGAGGGAUGAAGGGAUUGUGUGAUUAAACGAAGAGGGACCAACCAACCAACCAACCAAAAAAAAAAAAAAUUCCCAAUCUCUCUGCCCUUUUGCUGUCAGGGGCCAAGAGUAAUCACACCCAAAUGCUCCUGAGAUGGUACAAAACAAGCAGUGUCUUUUCCAGACAUUAGAGUGGUUUAUUGAGUCGUAGCCAACCAAAACAUGAUUUGCUUGAACGGCCUUUGCUGAUAAACACAGUUCUUAUUAGCUGGGUAAGACAACCACAGAAUAGCUGAAGUAUCCUAACAGUCACUAACAGCAUUGAUCAGUACAGUUUGUUUGGUUUUCUUUAAUGUUUAAAGAGAGUAAAUUAGUAAUUCUCUGGGAAUAGUGAUCUGAUGAACAUGAAUAAUGAAAAAACUGUUCUCAACCCGAAUGCAAUGUCUAUUUGUGUAACAACACGUCCAUUAACAUAAUCAGAAGAUUUACAAGUAAUAUGACUGAAAUUAGGCAGGUUGCCUGCAAUCGUUUAAAAAUUGCAUCUGCAGAGUCUACAAAAUAGUGCACUUAUAAUUCUUGGUCCAUAUUUGCUUUUUUUCAUCUAACUCAGCAGUUGUUUAAAAACUAAAUGCACUACAUGAACUAUUUGUGCCCAUCAUAGAUGGCACUAUGCAUUCUAUCUUUAGAGCAUCUUUUUGAAAGGGAUGUGAUUUGUAUUGCACUAACAUUGUUGUGGAACGUUUGAGUACGUCCUGUGUGGUUAACUUUGUACUGCUGGUGACAGGAAGCAAAUUUCAAUUCUGACAACAGUUUAUUCAAAAGCUAAGGCUGUUGUUCCGUUAUUGUAUGGUCUAUGACAAUGCAGUAUUUGCUCCAAAACAGUUAAUAUGAAUGAAACAGUCGUGAAUAACUUUUACAAGACAAAUGUCUAAAGUCUGCAUUCAGUAUGCCUGCUUGUGAAUUGAUCCUGCAAAUAAAAUCAUCUUUCUAAUGAUG